AUGGCCAUCUCUCGCUUCUCCUCUCUGCCCAGGGCAGUCACUGACGAGGUUUUUGACCUUCUCGCUGCGUUUCAUGCCGACACACACUCAGAACGCGUCAACCUUGCGGCUGGUAUUUACUGCAACGAAGAUGGCCUAUCCUGGCCUCUAGAUGUAGUUCGUCAGGUCGAAAAGAAACUUCACGACGAAGCUGAUCAUACCAGACAUGACUACCUCCCCAUUGCUGGAGACCAGCAAUUUCUCCAGGCAAGCCAGGAUCUUAUCUUCUUUCCCAGUAAAAAGGCUGGUACCCAGGCUCCUGGCGUGGAUGAUUUACGAAUCGCAUCGGUACAGACAAUUUCUGGCACGGGUGCAAACCAUAUAGGGGCAAGGUUUCUCGUCGACCAUUUGCAGCCGCAGAAUGUCUGGCUUUCGGACCCGACCUGGGCAAAUCAUCAUACAAUAUGGGAAUAUGUAGGUCUGAACCCUCGGGUAUAUCCAUACUACAAGUAUUUAGACUUCUCGCUGGAUUUUGCUGGCAUGAUGCAGACCCUCGAAGCACAUGCUCAGCCGCAGGAUGUCCUCGUCCUCCAUGCCUGCGCACAUAACCCGACCGGUUUGGACCCCUCCAAGGAGCAAUGGAUGGCAAUCGCAGGUCUCUGCCAGCGCAAACAGCUGUUUCCCUUCUUCGACGCCGCCUACAUAGGCUUCGCCACCGGCGACCCGGUCCAAGAUACCUGGGCGAUCCGCUACUUUUAUGAGCAGCAACCACGUCUCGAGAUGAUUGUAGCGCAGUCAUUCUCCAAGAGCUUCGGCAUCUAA